CGAAGGAUGGUGAAACAUACACUGGGUCCUGCCACCGCUUGGGAGACAGACAACGAGGGACAGAGGGGAGACUUGGGUAAAAGCAAAGGAGUGGGGGGAAAAAAAGCCACAGUGACUGUUGUUGUAGAAUAUGCAUUUUGUUUUUACAGGAAACUUAACCCGAACACAUAUAAACGAUUCAAGAUUAUAUCAGAUAAGAUGUGAUGAGGAUGAUUAUAUAAAUGAGCACUUCUGCAUCUGCGGUGGAAAAUCUGUAUCGAUAUUUAAGAGAAAAGAAACUCAUCAAGCCACUAUGAGGAGUAGCCCUGCGUAAAAGCAGCCAGACAAAAGAAAGUCGAGGCAAGGCUCCCCUCCUCCAUGUGCUCCCCUCCUUGUAGGUGUGACAGAAACAACAAAGAGACGUGGAAAAAACUCGCAUCAGGACCACAGGAGGACAACUACUCCAGACAGAUCCCAGAGCACAAUAGCCGGGGGUCUGCAGACCACAGCAUGUCCACAGGUUUUGAAAUAUGCAGCAGUCUUCGCGUAAUUACAUUCCUCUUGGCGUCUCUCGGCUACAACAGUCGGGAGUAUUUUUCUCCUGUCAGCUCUGGCAGAUUUUCACGAAAUACGAUACGAAGCCGAUAAUUUGAGGACUUUCGAGAAACGGGGGCGAGCGUUUGAAACUUUAAUGGGGAGAAGCGAGAGACGAGCGCUGGCCAGAGUAAAGUGAAUGGAAAAAGAGCUGCGGAGAGGUGUGAACUGAAAGUGAGAGGAAAAAGAUUUUCACCGAGUACAGAAGCGAAGGUCUUUAAAAGGGCCCUCUCCAUGGAUAUAGACACAGACUAUGAGCGGCCCAAUGUGGAAACCAUUAAAUGUGUGGUGGUAGGGGAUAAUGCAGUAGGCAAGACCAGGCUAAUCUGUGCCCGGGCCUGCAACGCCACCCUCACACAGUAUCAGCUGCUUGCCACCCACGUGCCAACCGUCUGGGCCAUCGACCAGUACCGUGUAUGCCAGGAGGUGUUAGAGAGAUCUCGUGAUGUAGUGGACGAGGUCAGUGUGUCCCUGAGGCUAUGGGACACAUUCGGGGAUCAUCACAAAGACAGACGAUUUGCCUAUGGCAGGUCUGACGUAGUGGUGCUUUGCUUCUCUCUGGCUAAUCCGAAUUCCCUGCGCCACGUCCGCACCAUGUGGUUCCCGGAGAUCAAGCACUUCUGUCCACGAACACCCAUCAUCCUGGUUGGCUGCCAGCUGGAUCUGCGCUACGCUGACCUGGAUGCAGUUAACCGCGCACGGCGGCCACUUGCCAAACCCAUCAAACCUACAGACAUCCUUCCUCCAGAGAGAGGUCACGAGGUGGCAAAAGAACUUGGUAUUCCCUACUAUGAGACCAGCAUUGUUGCACAGUUUGGAGUCAAAGAUGUUUUUGACAAUGCCAUCCGUGCUGCCCUCAUCUCCCGUCGGCACCUGCAGUUCUGGAAGUCACACCUGAAAAAGGUCCAGAGGCCCCUUCUCCAGGCACCAUUCCUGCCCCCUCGCCCACCACGUCCCAUAGUGGGCAUCCCAGACCCACCUCUCACAGAUGGCGAGGGCCCUGACUCUCUGUUCUGUCAACCUCUGUGUGCAGAUGUUGUUUUCCUUCUGCAGGGUGGCAUCACUCGUGUCUUUGCACACAAAGUCUAUCUGGCCACAUCCUGCUCCAAGUUCUACGACCUCUUCACCCUUGAUCUUGGUGCAUCAUGUGUGGGGCCAUGGGGAGAGGAAGAGGAAGGCAAGGAAAACUUGGAAAGCGGGGAGGAAGAUGAGCAGAGCAGGAGAGGGGCCAAGGAGCAAGCUGGACGUACAAAGAGCCUGGACAUAGAUAAAGAUGGGGUCGACGGAGGCGUGCGGGGCCUGAGUCGACCUCAGCUACUUAACCAGGGCUCUUUGAGGACUUCCCAGAGUGAUAAUGCACUCCCAUCUCGAGCCCAGUACUCCCUGGGAGUGCUAGGGACUGGUCGAGCACUCUCAGGAUGGGGAAGGGGGUUCCUGAGUGUGUGUCUGGAGCAUGUUGACGAUCCCAUGACCGGACGACCACGACUCAUGACUGUGGUAGCCAUGGAUGCCCUUAUACAAGAGGAACCAUUUAAGGCGGUGCUUCAGUACCUAUACACAGGCAGUCUGGACGAGGGCCGAGGCGAUCUGAUGCAAGUGGCCACCAUUGCAGAGUUACUUGAGGUCUUCGACCUGCGGAUGAUGGUGGCAAAUGUUCUGAACAGAGAAAGCUUCAUGAACCAGGAGAUCACCAAGGCCUUCCAUGUCCGCAGAGCCAACCGCAUCAAGGAGUGUCUCAAUAAAGGGACCUUUGCUGAUGUGGUGUUCCGACUGGACGAUGGCUGCAUCCCGGCCCACAAGCCUCUGCUCAUCUCCAGCUGCGACUGGAUGGCCGCCAUGUUCCGGGGAUCCUUCAUGGAGAGUUACAUUGAGGAGGUAUCCAUUCCCAACACUAGUGCGGCCUGUAUGCGUGGGGUGCUGGAGUUCCUGUAUUGCGGUCUCCUGACCCCCUGCCCUGGUUUGGAGCCCAUGGAACUAAUUGUUCUGGCCAACCGUCUCUGUUUGCCGCGCCUUGUCGCCCUCACUGAACAGCAUGCUGUAGAUGAGCUUCUCCAGUUGGCAGUGAAAGGAGUGGACAUUGACGGACAGGUGUUGGCGUACCUUGAGCUCGCACAGUUCCACAAUGCCAAGCAACUGUCUGCUUGGUGUCUCCAUCACAUCUGCACUAAUUAUAAUAGCAUCUGCCGCAAAUUUCCCAAAGACAUGAAGGCCAUGUCUCCAGAUAACCAGAGGCACUUUGAGAAGCAGCGCUGGCCUCCUGUCUGGUUCCUUAAGGAGGAGGACCGCUACCUGCGCUCCCAGAAGGAGCGUGAGCGCGAGGAGGAGAUCUUGCGCAAGCAACACACCAAACGCGGCUGGUGUUUCUGGAGGCACCCAUCAUCCUCUCCGCACGUCUCCUAAAGGGUUUCGUCCGCUGAGGUCUUCGUCCGAAAACCUGGGUGAUGCCACCUGGGAAAGCUACCCUCCCCCCUUAACAAAUGUAACAGAUGGCUCUGAACCCUCCGCCAGUGGAGAAGUAGUCAUCAGUGCUUAUAGGCCUGAAUGUUAGCUUGGUUGGGGGAAUGUGUGUGCCUCUUUAUAAGUGUGCUUGACCACAUGAGUGUAUUUUAGUAUGCUGUGUGACGAGUGUGGACUCAACUGAGGGGUAUGUGCAUGGGUGUUUGAGUGUAUAUGUGUGUGGCACUAUGACUGAGUGAUGCUUCCCAGAGUGCUUCCCAGACGCCCCCAUGUACGAGGGCCUGUGACGUUGCAGUGCAGCUCCUUGUCCCCUCCACAAGAGCUCUGUCCCCUCACCGGCACUCAUAGUGUCUCAGCCCUUGAGUGAUGGGACUGGGAGCAAGGGCUCUCUAUCUCUCUCAGCCUCUCAAGUCUCCAUCUUUCACGUUGACCUUAAUGGCUAUUUCACAUUGACCACUGCAGCCACCCUUGGGGGGUAGCUUAUUUCUGCCUUCACUCCUACACAGACUGUUAGCUUGCACACACACAGACACACACACAGACAGACACACACGGACCACUACUCUGACACCAGCACUCGAUUCCCAGGAAUGGACAUAUAAUGAUUAAUCUUAAAAUAUUACUUUAUAUAUAUUGUUGCACCUUCUAGGAUACUGUUAUCAGGGGAAAUGGUGCACCACUCCUGGGACACUGAUGAUUGCCAUUGCGACCGCAAUCUAGAGCCCAAGUGCCCUAGAGCCAAAGUUUGAUCAUAGAUAUUAGCCUCCGGUAUAACCCUGAUGUGAUGACCAUCAUCCAGCCCUGCUCCUCCCACUCCCUCCUUGUGCACGUAUCUCUUGCAAAAAAAAGAGAAAAAAAAGAAGAAGCAAAACGCAAGCGGCUCUCCUUGAGGAGUUGAUCUCACCAAACUGUAUACAGAGACUCUCAAACAACCACUCUAUAGCAAUGAUGAGGGUGAAGAGGGUUAGCCUUAUUUGAUACCUCUGCCUAGGAUAAAUAACGAAUUCAGUGUUAAACAAAUGUGCUUGUAACGUCCAUGACCACUGGGUUAAGUUGAAACACUUCAACCAGCCUGCCUUUACACCCCUGCACCACUGGGGGCAGCACUGCUCAGGGCCCUGGCACUAAACUUCACAGUUUGAAUGCCUGUGCUUUUUUUUUUCACUCUAGUCUCAGUUAUUAAGAUAACCAGUAUAACUUCAGUCCUUGCAAAGUGUUAAGAAAAGCUAAAGCACAUGCACAGUGUUAUUAGUGCAUUUAAAAGCUGUACCUAGCUGAUAUUCACCCGAUUUUGAAUACCAAAGCUGUGAUUCUUCUUCCUCUCUUUCUUCAUUUCUGCUUCUCUGCUUUUUUUGUUACUAGAAAGAGGGGUUGAAGGAGAGAAGAGGAAGUGACUUGUGGGAGGAGAAAGGCAGUGUGAAUUAAUAUUCGAAUCCCUCUUCGCAGUGGUGUUUUCAAUCUGUGGUGCCGGGAGAAAAGUGUCCCUGCUGGACAUUGCCUUCCACUCCUGUGGCUGGGAUUGAAAAUGGUGCUUAAGAUAAAAUGAGACCGUGUCCACACGACCACACAGACACACGUGUGUUCCAUUUUGUGUUCCAAGCAUCUGUGUAGUUAUUCAGUGUUUACCUGAUGGUGUUCAGAUUUGACGUGAACAGUUUUAAACCUUAAAUCUCAUUCUCUGUUUUUUUUAGUCUGUAAGAGAGAGAGUCAUAAUAGGUCACUGACUUUUAAAUGUCUAGACUUUACAUGCAUUAGUUACAACCAGUGCGGUGUCUUUUUGCUGCUUUAAUAAUCAACUUGUUUUGCUUUGUUGUUGUUGAAAUUAAUAUUUCGUUAGACUGAAUUUGCAAUCAUGAGUGUUGUUUCAAACGACAGAGAGUUGCACAUGAGAGCAAAUCGGAUUUUCUUGUGAAGGGUGCUAAUUUCGUUGGGCUUUCGUACCGAAUGUGAAAAAAUCUGUUAUGGUGAUGAGUUUCUAUUAGCACUUUGUCCUAUUUGUGGGUUUGCGCCCUUCAGCUUUACCCAGGCAACUGUUGGAGAUAGAUAGAUUGUGUGAGACAUGUGGUGUUUUGUGCCGUUUUCCAUUGUCAGCUACCGAAAUAGAAGUCAGAUAGGAUCUCACGAGACCCAAGUGAGAAUUGAGCUGCUUCGUCUCUGAAAAAGAGUGAAAAGUGGAGUAAAAGUGAACAAAUCUCAGUAAAGAUUAGAUCCUUCCUACAUAUGCUGGCACAGAUUUUUAAAGGUAUCCUAGCGCUUUGGGAAUUUAGAAAAUUAGGGAUAGUUGUGGGUGGACCACCUUGGCCUCUUUGUUUAAUCUUGGUCCGUGUGCCUUAUAGCUGGACAAAACUCGUGUGGAAUUUUAGCAACAUCUAAGUUCAUGCAGACGGACGGGUUUUGUGGUAAAUGAUUUGAUGGAUAGCGGAUAAUGGAUAGUGUUGCAUUUGUAAAAAACAAAAAAAAGAAAAGGAAAAAAAAAGGUGUUCCUUUGUGCACUCUCAGACAUUAUCUUUCUUGAGGGAUCUUUUUUUAAAGCCAACCUGAGCCAUGCAUGUGCAGAAUCUUUAGGCCUACUACGUGUUUUAUGCAGACAAAUGGCCUUUUAAACCAUUUAUAGAGUGUAGUGCAGUAGGUUGGUCCAGUCAUAUGGCCUUAGAUUAGAACGUUUUCUCUAGAUUGAGGCUCACGUCAUGGAUGGGAUUCUCCACUGACCUGAUGUAGUGAUGAAAUAGAACUGGCAGGUUGAUUCCUGCAGUGUAACUUUUAAACCACUGACUUUGAGAAAGCGAAGCUUUUUAAUAAGCACUGGCUGGCCUGUGUGCUGUGUAGGUGCAACCACUUUUGGAAUGUGGUUAAUUUGCAUGGUGGCCUAACUUUGUCAUUAUGAUGACAUUUGUGUUGGAUUGCACUUUCUUUCUUUUUGUCUAUAACUAUACUGUACCUUUCUGUCCUUAGCAUGAAUUGAUCCUUAUAUAAGAUUGUCUCUAAACCUUAUGAUUGUAGCACCGCAUUUCCACUUUGUACAUUUUUUAUUCUUGUUUCCCCGCAUAUUUUUAGUGAGGAGCUGGAUAACGUAACUUAUCAGGCUUCUUUAAGGUCUUGUUGGCACUGAACCACUCAGUAGCUCUUCUUUUUUGCUGCGGGGCUUCAUGCACAAGUGUGUUUUAGUGAAUUAGCUCAGCAUAGCCUAAGGUAGCAACACUAGUUAUUAAAUAAUAUGCUGCGGCGAAUACUCGCUUGAACAACUAAUACAAACGAUCUGUUGCUGCUGUGCAGUGUUACAGUUGUUCCUGGUUUGCUGUUACUAUGAUACGAUCCAACGUGCUCUCUUAAGGGUUGUAAGAUAUUGGGUUUGGGCAUAAAAUUGUAUAAGCAUAAACAACAAAAUGUUGAUUGAAAUCAAGUAUUAUAAUACUUUACGAUGCAUCAUUUUAAGAACGUCCUAAACGGCUGAAAAGCCAAUGUAAUGUUUGGGUUUAGUUUGCAUGUAACGACAGAGGAAAUAUGUAAAGCACGACGCAUGUUAUCUGGGGUUAAAUAUUGGCUACUGGUAUACGCAACACGGCUCCUUAACCUCUGGUGUUGUUACACCCUUUGGGGUUGUUUCUAAAACCGAACACAAAUUAAAUCAAAUACUAGUUACAAAGGUGGGAAAGAAGCCCCGAUUUACAGAAAGGGCAAGACGGAGAUUCAGAAUCCUAAGCCUCGUACUUCUAAACCUCAGUAUUUGCACCAGACUGACCCCCUCAGGCCAAAGCUCUCUGAGAAUCUCUCCAUUCUGAUGUAGGACAGUGUUGUGAAAUUCAUUUGGAUUGUCUUGUUCUGUCAUGUCCAAUCUUUUUUUUUUUUUUUAUUGUCACAUUUUCCUCUGUUAUUUUUCAUGACGCACUUCUUCCUUCUCCGCCGGGCUGAUCUCCAUACUUUGAUGUGACGCCUAGUGACUGAGAGUUCACCUUGUUUUUAAGUCUUCGACGUGUCCUCUCCUGUGCCUUUAGUGGAACCUCACUCUCUUAGCUCCGUACAGGCUGACAGUCAGUAAAGCCAAGAAACACUCACAUGAGCACAGAUAUAAGAGUAGGUAGCUUUCAUUAAUAUACACUAUCUUAGAGCUUGUCACGUGGAUUUGCUUAUGCUUCCUAAAAUAAUUGCAGGCGUAAAGCGAUUCCGGGCUUUUGGGGUCAUAUUAACUUCCAUAACACACAGAGCUUCACAGGUUCGGCAUGCACCAUCAUCUAUGCUAAAGCUACGCAAUAGAUGACUUAAAUUAUAAAACGACCAAGAAACCAAGCAAACCAGCAAUUUUAGAAUAAUGUUUCCGCACUCGUUCAGGUGCCUGCACUUUCUACUAUGUAGCCUAAUAAUACUUUUUUAUGCUGUCUUUGUAUUUACCAAUUUUCUCAAUCGAAAUGAAAAUAUCAUAUGCGUUUUCCACUAAGUCUUUCUCUCUAAGCCAAAUUCAGCAGUGUACUCUUAUUGCUUCCAUUAUUUAACACACAUACACAAAUACAGUGUCCUUUCUGUUGGGGAACAGCAUCUGUGAACUACUGGUUGAAGUAACAGCAGAUAUUAUCUGUGACAACUAAAUAUAUUAUGCUUUAAUGAAGAUAGUUAUUAUCCAAAGUACAGUACAGUGUUGUAAAUUUAAUAUAAGACCCAGCUAGAAAUAAACUCUCACCUACUGCUCACCACACCGCAUCUAUCUACUAAGUUGGUGUAUACAUAGGAUUGUAUGCGCAGAGAGUUCUUUAUAUAGACAAACAUGGUGUUAUUAACCCCUGGUCUAUAAUGUAUCUUUUAAGUGGAUCGUGUGUAUUGUAUAGUAUUGUUAUGCACAAUGUUUCCAUUGACUCGUUUGAGUUUUAUUAACAUUUAUUUGCUCAUGUUAUUGUGUUCCUUACAAUAAAAGGCGAACGAAAGAGCACACCACACUCACAAUCUAUUAAGGGCUUUCUAGAAAAUAUACAACAAUCAGAAUGUUUUGCUGCUGUUGCAAAAAAUGUUUUGAAACUAAAAUUUUGUAAUAUUUUGCAACCACUGUGAUUUGUACAAAAAUUGAAAAAAAGAAAUACAGAAAAAAAAUGUUUUUUUUUCUUUUUUUGCCAUUUCAGUAUUUGGAUGUUUGACAUGAAUUUUAUUAAAACCGUUAAUCUUUUGAA